GAGAGGCUGAGAGUACAUGAGUGGAAACUCUGCCUUUUCUUACUUGUUAUUGGACAGUUAGUGACUGAAUGGUACCUUCUCUCAAUGGAUCUACGUUGCUGCAGGUGUGAAGGGGUGAAGAGGGUGUGUGAGCCUGAGACCUGAGAGGAAGACCAGAAGACAAAGAGGAGGACAUACACAGAAAGAAGGCGAGGAAGACACUAAGAUCAGUAAAGUGGGAGGAGGACGCAUAUCAAGAGUAUCACACUGAGCUGAUGCCAACUGAGGCUGUCAGCGCUGACAACUGACUGACACACCAACACACAGUCGUGCACGAUGCCAGCAGGAGGGCAGAGGUUCUCGGACAUGGAGAUGUUAGUAGGGAUGGAGCACGGGCGAGUGGACACUGCCAGGAGCAGAGCUGGGAGCUGUGUGGAGUUUCACAGCAUCAAGAAGAUGAAGACCUUGGCCCAGAGACGACAGUCAGCUCCCUCACUGGUCAUCAGCAAAGCACUUACCAGAUCGAGAAGCACGUCCAGGGAAAGCUGCAUGACGCCAGUCAGUCCAGAGUCCUGUUCCCUGGUCCAGGCCUUCCUGGCUGAAUGUCCACGCCGCCUAUUCCUGGGUCAUGCCCAAACGCAGCUAAAGACGGGCCUGCAGACCCAGGAGAGACACCUCUUCCUCUUCACCGACACACUGCUCGUCGCCAAGGCCAAGUCUCCCACUCACUUCAAAGUGAAGGCCCAAGUCCGAGUGUGUGAGAUGUGGACAGCCAACUGCAUGGAGGAGGUGUGUGAGGGAAGCACCAACCCAGAGAAGAGCUUUGUCAUGGGCUGGCCCACCUCCAACUGUGUGGCCACCUUCAGCUCCGAGGAGCACAAGAACAAGUGGCUGGCACUCAUCAAAAGUCGCAUAACUGAGGGGAAAGAGAAGGACGACCCAAAGACCAUCCCUCUGAAGAUAUUUGCAAAGGACAUUGGAAACUGUGCAUAUGCCAAGACGCUUGCGGUCAGCAACACUGACAGCACCACUGAUGUCAUCCGCAUGGCUCUGCUGCAGUUUGGGAUAUCGGGUUGUGUCAAAGACCACCGCUUGUGGGUGAACUCCAGUAAGGACGACCCUCCGUACCCUCUCAUCGGCCACGAGUUUCCCUUCAGCAUCAAGAUGAGCCACAUUCGGGAUAGUGGGAGCAGUGGUGGAGGCCUGGGAGGAGGCGGAGGAGCCGGGAGGGAUCCAGCGAGCCCCACGGACUGCCCAGGGGUGCUGCUGCUUGACCAGUGUCUCCCUCCAGACACCCAGUGCCAGUUUAUCCUCAAGCCCAACAAGGCGACUCUGGGACAGGCUCCACUUAUAGAGCCUGGUCAGCAGAAGUCUUUUAAGCGGAAGAGGUCUCUGAUCAACUGGCCUUUCUGGAGAGGCUCCAACACACAGCUGGACGGCCUGCCCCUGUCCCCGACCUCGCUCUCCCCCACUCUGGGACGGCUGUUCGGGCGACCCCUGAGCUCCGUCUGCUCUGCGGACCACGGCCUGCCCAAGCCUGUCAUGGACAUGCUGGUGUUCCUGUACCUGGAGGGGCCGUACACCCGGGGCGUCUUCAGGCGCUCAGCUGGGGCCAAAGCCUGCAGGGAGCUUCGAGACAGACUGGACAGUGGCAACGAGGACCCGGAGAUCACACACCAGUCUGUGUUCGUCAUCGCCGCCGUCCUGAAGGACUUCCUGAGAAAUAUUCCGGGCAGCCUGCUGUGUGUGGAUCUGUAUGAGCAGUGGAUGGAGGUGAUGGAGGGAGAAGGAGGGGAGGAGAGGAUGCAAGCUGUCCAGAGGUUGCUCCACCUUCUGCCCACCGAGAACCUGCUUCUGCUGCGUCAUGUGGUCGCCGUGCUGCACUGCAUCCAAGGCAACGCCCACGACAACCAGAUGAACGCCUUCAACUUGUCCGUCUGCAUCGCUCCCAGCAUGCUUUGGGCUCCGGUGCCAAGCACCCCUGAGAUGGAGGGGGAGGGCACCAAAAAGGUGUGUGAGCUCGUUCGUCUCCUCAUAGAGAACUGCAGCAGCCUCCUGGGAGAAGACGUCACCUCGCUGUUCAGAAGCUUCAGCCAGAAGAGCAGCAGCAGUGACCACGGAUCAGAUGUGUCGUCCUUCCAGAUGAACGACUCGUCCUACGACAGUCUUGAGAACGAGCUGAACGACGACCCGGAGUCUCCCUUCCAGGAACAGCUGCCCCUCCGUGACAAGGACAAGCCGGACAGCCGCAGCCGUGACUCCGUCAUCACCCUCAGUGAUUGUGACCCUGAUCCCGACCCUGAUAGCGACCUCCUGCUGCAGCUCCCCCCACUGGCCAGACCCAGGAGGUUCAGCCCUGCGGUCCGCCAACCCCGCACCCGCCAGGCCAACGGGCCGUCGCAGGGUCCCAGGAGGCUGAGGAGGAGUUCAGAGCCAGCUCUGGCCCUGACAAGCACACCGCCAGUGGGCACAGUGACAGUUCAUGCUGAUAACCUACCAAUGAGGAAGGCGAGCUAUGAUGCCGCCAUGGAGGGGGAGAGGGGGGAGGACGAGGUGUUUCUGGAGCAGGGGCUGAGCGGGAUGCAGCUGAAGGAGGAGGAGGAGAAGGGAUGUGAGAAGGGAGGAGCCAAAGUCCAGAAUGGCGGGCGCAGGAAGACGAAGCACGCCCCUCCGCCGCCGUUGCGGCUGGAUGCCAGCUGCUCUAGUCUGUCGUCACCAGCAACCUCGCCCACAGGCUCCUCCCUUAGCUCUUUAGACUCCGCCUUCUCACAGUACUCUACUGACUACGCCACCAAUGGGGCGAUUCCAUUGGCUGAGCCUGCUCCUCUCUCCCCUCUCUUUCCUGGACGUCCCCCGCUUUCACCCAGAGACUCCCCCCCUCAGAGGGAAGCCCCGCCUCAGUGGCCACAGCCCAACCAGGCCCCUCGGACCAGUCAACCCCCCGCACACCCUCAUGGCCUCCACCCGAAUACGUGGCUCAAGAAGGACCGCCGCCUGUCGUUAAGACAGUCUGAUAAUGGACACUCAGAGGAGGACUUGCCUGUGGUAAAUGGGAAGACCCACCCAACCAGUAACGGCUACUCCGUCAGUGCCCAGGAGGCGGCGGUGACAAACCGCAACUGCCAGCGGAGAUCCAGCAGCCCUCCGUCCUACCAGCAGGCUCUACUGCAGCUGCAGCGCAGCCGCUCCCCGUUCUACAGGGGGACAGAGAAACCUCUGACGGUCAAAGAGCUGAGACAGCUCCACGACCAGACCUGCACCUACAGGCCACCGCUCCCAGCCUCCCCUACACACACAGGAAGUGAGGUCACACAGAGGCUGGCUAGGAACGAGUGCGUUCAGCCGCCGCAGGGUGUUUUCUAUGGACAGAACGCCACCACUCUGGUCCUCCAGAGGCAAAAGUCCCACUCCCUGACUCCGGCCCUGGAGGGACACAAAGGGCGGAGGACCCUCCCUCUUCCCCGCCGAGCAUCUGAACCUGCCAAGGUCACUACAAACUCUAACCUCUCCUCCAGCCUCACCCUGGACAGACCCUCUAAAGGCCAGCCUCAAGACAGCGGCCUGAAAGUGUCAGAGGUGGAGCCCAACCACACCGAGCCACGUUACUGCCUGUCUCCCUCCGCCACUCGGGCUGUACGGGACUACUUUUCCUCCCAGGGUCAGGAGGAUGCAGACGCCUGCCUGAGGAGGAGUCAGGAGGUGGCGCUGGCUAUCGUGCAGGGGAAGAGGGAGUGGCAGAGCAGGCGGUGCAGCGACCCACGAGUGGACGACUUUGACCAGCUUUUUUUUGCGGAAGAGUCUUAUGUGUAAAUAAGAACUGUGUACAAACAAACAAACUGUGUAUGAGAGACUGAAUUUUAUCUGAUAUUUUCACUUGUAUACAAAUGUCUUCAUUGUUGAUGUGAUAAUAUCCCUUGUAAACACCUUUUCCUUCUGGCAGCAGUAGUCAAAUAGAGAAAGGUGUUGCCGUUUACUGCAGUGGUACAUCUAAGGUUUAAGAUUUUAAAAAGGUACAGAUGCACUUUCUGCUCCCACAUUUCACCUCCUUGUGGUUGUAAACUGUUAGAAGUUUUUCUGAUACCCCCUCUUACAUGAAAUUGUGUACUUCUGGCAAACAGCAGAUUGAAAGGUUUAAGUUGUUGGUAAUUAUCCACAAUAUUUCAAGUUUAAAAACUCUUUCAUGUAUUUGACCAUGGCGUUCUGCAGCAGGGAUUUAUGGAGCGUUGAAACCUGAUUCUGUGAAUUCAUUAUAGAGGACAUCUGGAUUCCUAAACAAUCAUUAAAGCCUGUUGUCAAACGGGUCAGAGUUACAGCUUUUGUGCCAAAAUAUGGUUCCCCUGAGACGUGUUUUUCUUUGGCAGCAUGUCCUCAUUUUGCCUUUCAGAAUGUGUCAUUGCUUUUUUAAGCACACAAAAAAAAGAAGAAUGAGGAGUUCUUUAGAAAUGAAAGAGAGAGGACAGAGGUCUUUUUUCUUUUAUUCUCUGGAAGCUCGUAAAAUGUAUUUUUCAAAAUUUCCAAAGCCAGCCGGAAAUCCAUAAAGGCUGGUGUGAAAAUCAAGGCCAGGAAACAUUUUGUAGUUGUUUUUCAACAGGGAAACAUUUCAAAUUUUAGAAAACAUCUGCAUGAAAAUUCAGAUUUUGCACAAUAUCAUCACAGUUUUUUGCGCGUAAGGAAUCACAUCAAGAGGGAUGCAAAUUUUGGCACAACAAACAUUAAAGGGGACCUAUUUAUACUUAUAUUUAGGGUUCAGACUAGAACAUGUUUACAUGCUUUAAAGUUCUAACAACACUUUAUUUUCCUUAUACCAUCUGUGUUGGAACACCUGUAGUCACCCUCUGUCAGUUUAAGCGCCUGUUUCUUUACGCCCCCUUCUGCAAAAGCUCAGUCCGCUCUGAUUGGUCAGCUUUUCCUUGUCUUCCGUAUCUUGGUUUCUCACAUUCUACCGUGAAAAAACACAAGUAAAAGCUUCUGAAUACAAAAGAGAAAUUAACAUCUGCAACCAAGAUUAUAUGUUUCCCUGAUGUUAGCAUGUAGCUACAUGUAGCAGUGUACUUGCACCCUGGGACUGUAACGGAGAAUAGUGGCUCUUUCAACGGUGAAAAAAUCCCCAAUGACAGCUUUGAAUCACAAAGUGUUCCAGCAGGACUAUGAUCUGAAAUCAGGGAGAAAUCAGCAACUAAUAUUAUGUUUCCCUGAUGUUAGCAUGUUGCUACAUGUAGCAAUGUACUUGCAGCCUGGAAAUGACUGUAACAGAGAAUAACUACUCUUUCAACAGUUAAUAAUCAUCGAUAAAAGCUUCAAAACACAACAGGACAUGUUUCAGCAGGAAUAUGAUCUGAAAUCAGGGAGAAAUUAACAACACAUCCCUGAUGUUAGCAUGUAGCUACAUGUAGCAGUGUAGGCAACGUCAUGUAAACUCUUGCAGCUGCAUGCCUGGAAUUGAUGACUAUAUAAAGAAAUCCGUGACAGUUUGAUGUCAUACUGUCGCCAGAGUAGAAAAAAACUAUUAGGGACUACUUUUACAUAUGUUUACCUAAACUUUAGCCACGAUUAAUAUGAACCUCUGUAACAUUAUAUAUGAAACAAAAUAUGGAAAAGCAUAACAGGUCCCCUUUAACGCUGCCCUCGAUCGCAGUGAUGACAACAUGAUGACUGCUGUGACUUCAUGCAAAUACUAUGAACAUGUUUUUAGCUCCCUCCAUAACACCUGUGAUGUUUGCUGCAGAGCCAGAGGAGGAACGUUUUCAGACAGAUGCCUCCGCUGUACAUACUUAAACCAUCCUAACGGCAUUCAUACCUUUUGUGACAAACUGCAUCUGUAAAGUGAAACAUUUUUUCCCCAGAAAGUGAAGUGUUUGUCUGAAUGAGUGAAUCAAUAGGGCCGCUAUUUAUUCAUAUGAGCCGAGUUCCCAGACACACAGCACUCAGUGUUGUCCUCUGUGGCUCUGGUUUAUAUCUCUGUGACCUGGGAGGGAGGGGAGGGCAGAGGGGGGAGGGAAGAGGAGAAACUGUCGGUGUGCGUGGGUGAGAGAGAGUCAGAGUGUCGUGUUUGAAAAUGAUGUGAUCAUUGACAGCGUGUCCUGAGCAGGAAUGUGAGAAAUCGUGUGCCAUUGAAGGAGAGAUGUCCUUUAUUCUUGCUUGUAUAGCACUUCAUUAUUCUCAACAAGAAACCCAUUCUGUCUCACAUGAAUGACGAGGACGCAGCCUGUUGUGUGUGUGUUGAGUUGUAUGUGUUGUCCAUAUUAAUAUGAUAUUUUUGUUCCAAUGCUGCUGUCAAUGCAGUGCUGAUGUCUUAGGUGAUGCUUAACAACCAAUGACCUUGUUUCACUGUGUAUUAUUAACUGAGACGUAUACUUACAGAUAAAAUAUCUUCAGCAGUUGUCAUGUGUAUUAACUCAGUGUUAUUGUGAACUUAACAUAGCUUUUCCACAGGAUCACACACUGCAACAAGGUCACUGCCGUGUUAAGCGUCACCAUUUUAAAUGGUCUCAAACCUUUUACCUGUAUUAAUAAUAUUAUAAUUGUUAUCUCCAUUACAGUGAAUCGUGUCCAACGUGUAUAGUUCUGCAUAUUUAUGAUACAGAAAUAUAUAAAUAUAUAUAUAUAAAUAUAUUACCUUGUACUUUGGUAUGUCGUGUUGUGUGAGGAAAUCAAAUGUGUAUUUUUGUACAUGCCAAUUCUGCUGCUGCUGUCUCUAUAGAAAGUAUAUUUGCUACCAAACGCACCAUUUGUAUAUUGUGUACAUCUGAUGUCUGAUGCUCACGAGAACAAAAAUGUCCUUGAUUUUAAUAAAUGUCGCUCUUG